AUGGUCAACCCCACCGUGUUCUUCGACAUCGCCAUCGAUGGCGAGCCCUUGGGCCGAGUCUCUUUCGAGCUGUUUGCAGACAAAGUUCCAAAGACAGCACAAAACUUUCGUGCUCUGAGCACUGGAGAGAAAGGAUUCAGUUAUAAGGGUUCCUGCUUUCACAGAAUUAUUCCAGGGUUUAUGUGCCAGGGUGGUGACUUUACACGCCAUAAUGGCACUGGCGGCAAGUCCCUCUCUGGGGAGAAAUUUGAUGAUGAGAACUUCAUCUUGAAGCAUACAGGUCCCGGCAUCUUGUCCAUGGCAAAUGCUGGACCCAACACAAACGGUUCCCAGUUUUUCAUCUGCACUACUAAGACUGAACGGUUGGAUGGCCAGCAUGUGGUUUCUGGCGAGGUGAAAGAGGGCAUGAAUGCUGUGCAAGCCAUGGAGGGCUUAGGGUCCGAGAACGGCAAGACCAGCAAGAAGAUCGCCAUUGCUGACUGUGGACAACUCUAA